AUGUUACUAUUCAUUAGUAACACAAUUGCGUACAAAUGUACCUGUUAUUGUCCAUAUUAUGUUGGCCUGAUGCAUUCCUAUGCAUGUACAACAGUAGCGUGUAGUCAAGCAUGUGUAACAUCGCCUUUCGAUGCUUGUAAAUGGUCGACAUCAGUAGUCGGUUAUUGUGGAACCAACUCGAUCAGCCCGUUGAAAAUAUUGAUCUUCGCUCUGUUUUUACUUUUAAAUGUUUGA